UCUCCAAUUUUUCAUAAAACAAAACAAAAAGAUCUCUCAAAGAGGAUGAAAUGAAACCGUUGGUUUGUGUUAGUUGGACAAGCUUACCUUAGCUUAGCCUCCUAUGUGACACAACACAAGCUCUUUCUCCCUGACCUCCUUUCCUUAUCCUCUCUAUCUCCCUCCCCAUCUCCACCAUGUCUUCUACCACACCCCCUCUCAUUCAAACCUCACGUUUUUCAAUCCCACCAAAAUGUUCUUGCAUUUCCACACUCAAGCCUUCAUCAUUUCUGUCUCUACCAGCUAAGCCCAUCUCACUUCUCCACUCAUCUUCUUCUCUAUGGCUUUCCCACAAGCCCUCCAAGAUUCUACGUCCAAUUCUUGUUGCAGAGGCUUCAGAGUAUGGCCAGGAGGAAGGGGGAGAGGAGGGGGGUGUUUCUUCGGUGAGUACUAUUGAACCUGAAGCUUCGGUUGAGGAGGCUAGCCAAGAAGCUGUGGAGGAGGUUGUUGAAACACAAGAAGAAGAAGUAGUUGUUGCAGAAGCAGAAGAAGUAGUUUUUGCAGAAGAAGAAGUUGUUGUUGAAGAAGAAGGAGAAGAAGUUGUUGAAGAAGAAGAAUCCUACUCUGAACCGCCUGAGGAGGCCAAGCUCUUUGUGGGAAACUUGCCUUAUGAUUAUGACAGUGCUAGACUGGCUGAGCUUUUUAAUAAGGCGGGUGUGGUUGAGAUUGCAGAGGUUAUCUACAAUAGGCAAACUGAUCAAAGUCGAGGAUUCGGGUUCGUGACAAUGAGUACAGUGGAAGAAGCAGAGAAGGGGGUAGAGAUGUUCAGCCGUUAUGAUCUAGGUGGUCGACUUCUGACUGUGAACAAGGCUGCUCCUAGAGGAUCACCACCUCAGAGGGUUUUUGAACCUUCUUUCAGAAUAUAUGUCGGUAACCUGCCGUGGGAAGUGGAUAAUGGUCGGCUAGAGCAAGUGUUUAGUGAACAUGGUAAGGUAAUUGAUGCCAGAGUUGUAUAUGACCGUGAGACUGGGCGUUCUCGUGGUUUUGGAUUCGUAACAAUGGCUAGUGAGACAGAAGUCAAUGAUGCCAUAGCUGCUCUGGAUGGGCAGAGUUUGGGUGGAAGAGCUAUUCGGGUGAAUGUGGCAGAGGAACGUCCAAGACGCAACUUCUUCUAGGACUGAAGAAUUCUUAUAGUGGGUGAGAUGUGCAUCAUGCCUAUAGAUCAAUCGCAACUUUUCAUCAUUUUCUUCUUAUGAGUUUUGAUUAUUACCCUUGAUACGUGUUCUUGUAAAAGCGGUUUCUAUCAUUAAUAUUUUCUUCUUUAAAUUUUCA